AAAUCUAUUAUUUAGCUGGUAAAUUGUAAAUAAUUUAUUAUAAAAUCUUAUAACAAAUUAUGAAACUUGAAGUAUCCUCAGAGCAAUAAUGUUGUUUAGCUGCGAGGUUUUGCUCUAGAUUUUUAGAGUUGUUGUUGGUCCAAGCAGGUUAUAAGUCAAUGAAAGGCAAUUUGUUUUUGUUGGAAAUUUUCAUAAUUUUUGGCUUUAAUUAUCCAACUAAUGCUGGCCAGCUUACAUAUGGUAAUAAAGCAAUAUCAGCCAACCGAUUGCUUGAUCUAUCCAAUUCCUCUCUAUCAAGCUUCAAAGAUAUUUUAAACCAUUUUGAUGUUGUUUUUGUCGCCUUCACGGCUUCUUUUGAAUCCUGGAGAUUGAUUAAAUAUGAAUUAAUCCAGGCUGUUGAUAAUUUGGACGACUAUGAGGAUCCUCCGUUACCGAUUGUCAGAUUUGAUUGCUCGUCUGAAUCUAUUAAUGAAGUCUGUUUAGAUUUUAACGUUGCCUUUGAUCCUACUUUAGUCCUCAUCAGAUACGGAGCAAUAGAUGCUAUCUUCCAUCAAUCACGAGACGCUGAAACAAUAACACAAUGGAUAAGAAAACAUAGUCGAUUGAUAUCAACUAGAUUUUGGUCUUACACUGACCUCAAUAAUGCUGUUAAAAUGAUCGAUGAGGUUACAGUUGUGGCCAUUUUUGAUGAUAAUAAAGAUGAAUUGGUUGAGUUAUAUCAUGAAGCAUCUUUAAAAGUUACCAAGAAACCAUUUCUUUCUGGUGUAAAAUUUUUUCAUAUCAUCAAAGACACAGCUGAAGGCAAUGACUGGGAACUGACUGAACUAGGAGGAAAAUCAGGACGCCAUUGGAAAUAUCCAUUGAUCAUUCUUAAACGACCAUCAUGGUUAAUGACACCACUAGAAGAGCCAAUCGUGUUGUAUCCAAUAAAUAGCAACGAAGAUAUUGGUCAAUGGAUACACAGAAAGGCUUUUGGUACCAUUGGUUGGGCUACAAAGGAUAACACACUGGAAGAUGUUAGACCACCAAAAAUAAUUGUAUACUAUGACCAUAACUUUAUACAGCAACCAUCGUUUUCUCAUGCAUGGCGUAAUCAGAUAAUUUUGGCCUCUCGAAGGCAUUUGAAUAUCUAUUUUGGAAUUGCAAAUUCAAUCGUUUUCAAAAACAAACUGAAAAAGUAUGGGAUCAAGGUACCCAGAGGAAAGGAUUCACCUGUUUUCAUGGCUUACGAUGAGUUUGGAUCCAUGUUUGUAAUGAGAGAUGAAUUCAGUGAAAAAGCUUUAGCUCAAUUUAUUCAACACUUUACAUCUAAUUUGAUAGCUCCUAUUGUUGACAGUUUUGAUGCACCGAUAAAACAAGGACUUGAAGUUUCACCAUUAACCAGAGAAAUAACUGGCAACACAUUUCAUAAAUUUGUAUCUGGUAACUCGAAAGAUGUUUUGAUACGAUUCACUGAUCCUAAAUGUAGAUAUUCAUCGGAAUUUGAAUUGUAUUGGAACGAACUGGCUCAUGAGCUAUCUGGUGAAUCCACUCUUGAAUUGGUUACAUUAGACGGCUCUGUUAAUACGAUACCUUCACAGUUUGAAGUUAAACAAUUUCCAACCGUCUAUCUGAUUCCGAGUAAAACCAAAGAGAAGAUUAAAUAUAGAGGAAGGAAAAGUCUACAUGAACUGAUACAGUUUGUAGCUAAACAUGUAAACAGUGAAUUGAUGAGUUUCAACCGAGAUGGAUCUAGACGGCUUCAGCUUAUUGAAAAAAAACUGAAAACAGAAUUUUAAAAAGUCUUAAAGACUUGCAUUUAAUUAUUGUGAGUGUGUAAAGAGAUCGCCCAGUAGGUGGAAUUGAACCACUCUGACGCUAAUCAGCUACGGGUUUGAAGCCCGCACCUCGGACCACCGAAGGUUCAACUGGGCAAUUUACUAUUCCUUUC